ACCGACUUGAACGGUCAAAAUCGCAACAGCGAAGCCUUUCAGCGCCAGUUUGAUCGAGCCUUAUUUGCGUUGUCCCGAGCUGAGGUGCUGCCUUCUAUUGUGCUUCGGUCAACGGCGUUCGCCAGCAAAGCCAGCUUGCUGGCCGUACAGUCGAUUGCCCAAUCGGCAGGUUCCACUCGUUCGACUAAUGGGGUUGCUGGAGUCGGGGCUGACAUUUCACUGACAUCAAGAAUUGGCGGCGUCGAAGCCGACGAAGCAGUUGCCUUCAACUCCAUGGCUGGUGCCUCUUUUCCAAUAGGGACUAUACCGAGUCCUAUGAACAAUUAUGGUGUUUUCAAGUCCAAAGCCUCCUUGCGUUCGAGCUCUCGUCUCGGUAGACGGACUGGGGAUGGUCAUGAGGCAGCAAUGGCUACAUAUUAA